AUGAUGUCUCUCUUCUUCGUUUUGUCAUGCUUCUUGUUGGCCAUGGUGCCAACGGCAUUCGGGAGUUACGAAACGGACCCGCCUCCCACGUCGUCCCCCUCAAUUGCAAAUAUCUUGGUUGAUGGAGACAAGUCGGUUACUCUCAAAGUAACAACUAUCACCUAUAUCAACGCCAAGAACUCUACCACGGUGGUGCCUAUUUUGACUCUGUCGACCGUGGUUGAAGAAAUCGCCCAAGAGUCUGUUGCUGUCCUCACCGUUCCAGCUUCCCCUGCCUCAGAGACUACGAGCGCACCCACGCCAUCGGUAAGUACAGUUCCGACCCCAUCGAGCCCAAGCAGCAGUCAACGUGGUGCACAAAACAAUGCCAACGGUGGAAUGACCCACGAUGAGCCUUCCCCUAUUACAUUUGCGAGCAGCGAACACAAUGGUGCUCAGGCUACCCCAACCUCAUCAUCUACUGUUGAGGUUAUUUCUGUUGUUGAUCUUGUCUCUACUGCUCGUGCUCAGGGUGCUGUUGACGCUCAGGCGACUGUUGACACCUCUACUACCCCUGUUAUUGAGACUACCUUUACCGUUCUGGCUACUGACGAUGCUCAGGACAAGCCUAGUGUUCACGUUCGCGACUGGAACGCCGCCGAACGAACAAGAAGAGUCAGUCCCUCGGACAUGUUUAACACUCUCUAUGGACCCAGAAAGCCGUCCAACCCUACGAACGGUCCCCCCAUCACUCGGGCCCUACGAGAUUUUCCGUUUUUGGGGAAAACAACCCUCGUCGGAACCCGCGAGCCGUCCACCCUGACGCACGGCAAUCGAAUUCGCGAGAACCAAGACGGAAUGGACCCUAUCCAGGCCCGCAGCACCUUGUCUACCUCUGCCUCUGCCUCCUCUGCACCGACCCUUGACCAGGACCUGGAACCCCAUGCAAAGAGGAGUAACGACACCGACAACACCGACAACACCGACAACAUUGACACCAACGAGAUGGGCAACAUGAAUGUGAAUGUGUCACAUGCGACGGAAGGCUUCUGGGAUGGUGUCGCGGAAGGGGCCAACAAGUUCUUUGAUGGUGUCGCGGAAGGGGCCAGCAAGUUCUUUUGCUGGCUUCUUCCUUUUACUUGUCAUCAUUGA